AUGGCGGCCGUGGCCAAGAUCGCCUUGGAGUGGCUCCAAGACCCUCUGAGCUGCGUGUUCCUGGUCACGCUGGCCGUGGUGCUCCUGCACCUGCGACGACGGGGCAAAGCGCUGCUGCCGCCUGGCCCGAAGCCGCUGCCGAUCGUGGGCAACAUGGCGAUGAUGGACCAGCUGACCCACCGCGGCCUGGCGGCGCUGGCCGAGAAGUACGGCGGGCUGCUCCACCUCCGCAUGGGCCGUCUGCACGCGUUCGCGGUGUCCACGCCCGAGUACGCGCGCGAGGUGCUGCAGACGCAGGACGGCGUGUUCUCGAACCGCCCGGCCACCAUCGCCAUAACGUACCUGACGUACGACCGCGCGGACAUGGCGUUCGCGCACUACGGGCCCUUCUGGCGCCAGAUGCGCAAGCUGUGCGUGAUGAAGCUCUUCAGCCGGCGCCGCGCCGAGACGUGGGUGGCCGUGCGCGACGAGUGCGCGGCACUAGUCCGCGCCGUGGCGUCGUCGUCUGUCGGCGCCGGCGGCGAGGCCGUGGCCGUGAACCUGGGCGAGCGCAUCUUCAACCUGACCAAGAACGUGACGUUCCGGGCCGCGUUCGGCACCCGCGACGGCGAGGACCAGGAGGAGUUCAUUGCCAUCCUGCAGGAGUUCUCCAAGCUGUUCGGCGCCUUCAACAUCGGCGACUUCCUGCCGUGGCUGGGGUGGAUGGACCUGCAGGGGAUCAACCGCCGCCUCCGCGCCGCCCGGUCCGCGCUGGACCGGUUCAUCGACAAGAUCAUCGACGAGCACGUGAGGCGAGGGAAAAGCCCCGACGACGCCGACGCCGACAUGGUCGACGACAUGCUCGCCUUCUUCGCCGAGGCCAAGCCGGCCGCCGUGAACGGCGGAGGCGGCGGCAAGGGUGGCGCGGCGGCCGCGAACGGCGGCGAUGACCUGCAGAGCACGCUCCGACUCACGCGCGACAACAUCAAGGCCAUCAUCAUGGACGUGAUGUUUGGCGGGACGGAGACGGUGGCGUCGGCGAUCGAGUGGGCGAUGGCGGAGAUGAUGCACAGCCCCGACGACCUCCGCCGCGUGCAGCAGGAGCUCGCCGACGUCGUGGGCCUGGACCGCAACGUGAACGAGUCGGACCUGGACAAGCUCCCCUUCCUCAAGUGCGUCAUCAAGGAGACGCUCCGGCUGCACCCGCCGAUCCCGCUGCUCCUCCACGAGACCGCCGACGACUGCGUCGUGGGCGGCUACUCCGUGCCCAAGGGCUCCCGCGUCAUGAUCAACGUGUGGGCCAUCGGCCGCCACCGCGGGUCCUGGAAGGACGCCGACGUGUUCCGCCCGUCCCGGUUCACGCCCGAGGGCGACGCCGCGGGGCUCGACUUCAAGGGCGGCUGCUUCGAGUUCCUGCCCUUCGGCUCCGGCCGCCGGUCCUGCCCCGGCACGGCGCUGGGCCUGUACGCGCUGGAGCUUGCCGUCGCCCAGCUCGCGCACGGCUUCAACUGGUCGCUGCCCGACGGGAUGAAGCCCUCGGAGCUGGACAUGAGCGACAUCUUCGGCCUCACCGCGCCGCGCGCCACAAGGCUCUACGCCGUGCCGACGCCCCGGCUCAACUGCCCCUUAUACUGA